AUGCGGAUACACCUCUCCCUCGAGCCAUCGCAUUUCGGGAAACAGGCUGUCGCUGGACCUUCAUCCGGGCCUCUCGCUCAACUAGGUGGGGAGCUCGUUCUCAUCGAGCUGCAAGGGGAGCUGGGAUGGGAAGGGAACAAGGAGGGCGGUGUGGUGGGCGUGGUAGGCCUAGAUCGACCCGAUAAGCCCACCCUACACCUCGGCGAGCAUCAUCUUCUGCACGGCAAAUUUGCUACACUAGCAAAACCGCUCGCCGUCAUCCGGCGCGCAGUCGCUGCCGUGUCAGAGGUGGAAGGGGUGGAUGGAGCGGUAGAGGGCGAUGCAGACGAGGAAGAAGAGAUAGAUGAGGAGACGCAGGAAGCUUCGGGAGGUCGACCGAGCGCAAAGAGGCGGAAAAGCGGGGCAGCCGCGGAUGAGGAAGAAGAGGACGAAGGACCGCUCUUCCCUCCUGAAUCCAAGGGGGUGCAUACGCCUCCCAGACGUCGGCCACAGGACUCGUCCUCGCCCUUUCAGUACCAGCCUUCGUCGAGCGUCAAGGACUACUCGUCCGAGCUGGACUUUUCGUCCCCGCCCAACGGGAUGGACAUGGAGGAUGAGGACGAUGAGGAUGAGGACGAGGAGGAUGUAGAGGCGGGGAGGAGUGGUAACGGGAAGGGAAAGGGAAAGAAGAGGGCGAGGGAGGAAAAGGUUGUGAAGCGGAAAAGUACCAAGCCGGAGCGGACGAGGGUGUAUGAGGUGGUUGGGGUCGUGAGAAAGAAAGUGGUGUUUGCGCUCCGGCCAGAACCUAUCGUCACAGCUACAGUGCUGCCGGAAUGA